UUGUCGAGGCCAAGAAAGACCUCACCCCUGCUGUCUCAAAUUUAGACAACAGUAGCUUGCAUAUCUCUGCCGAUGCCACCGUAGAAAUGGAUCCCAAUCCAAUGCCUUCGAGUCCACUGCUUCCUGGACAAGACACAUUGAGCCACGCAUCUUCGAUAUGUAGCAGAAAAGAUUCCGGCAUUCGCAGUAAUAGUAGACGUAGCAGUAUUCAGCAACAGUUGUUCCUGAUGAAUGGAUUGGCUCAAGGUGAUCUCUUGGGACCGAGAGUGAGUGGGUAUUACACGUCGAGUUCAACGCUCAACUCCACUCACGAGCCAUCAUCCUCCGUUCCUCCGUAUCCAUUUCCACCCGCAGUGACUGACACGUUUGGUGCGUGCUUCCAUAAGCUUCGAAAGCAGUCCGAUUUACAAUUGAUUAGGUGAAAUUUUGCGCACUU